UAGAUCCUUUUUAUUCACAUGGUCGCUUGUCACAAUUGUAAAGGUAGUCGAAGCAUUCAUUGAAGUUGUGUUUCUGUAAUUUAGAUUUUAUAAACUAUGGCACUCGGUCGUUUACUCGUUCUAGCCCUAUUCUCGUGCGUAUUAGCAGAGGAGCCAAAAAUCCAUUUUGUAGAGAAAUUUGAAGACCAGAGUUAUCAGGAUAGAUGGGUAGAAUCUACCUACAAAGGAAGUGAUGCUGGCAAAUUUACUUGGACUGCUGGGAAAUUCUACGGCGAUGCUGAUUUAGACAAAGGUAUUCAAACCAGCCAAGAUGCUAAAUUUUACGGUAUUUCGGCCAAGUUUGAGGAAAGUUUCUCAAACGAAGGCAAGACCUUAGUGAUCCAGUUUCAAGUUAAACAUGAACAGAACAUCGACUGUGGCGGUGGUUACGUUAAGAUUUAUGAUAGCAAAGUAGACCAGAAAAACAUCCAUGGCGAUACUCCAUACCACAUCAUGUUCGGACCGGAUAUCUGUGGACCUGGUACCAAAAAAGUACAUGUCAUUUUCACCUAUAAGGGGAAAAACUUGCUGACGAAGAAAGAUAUU